GUUGUAAUUGAUGUAAUGGUUGUGGAAUUAAAAAAAACCUACAUUAACUACAUUUAUAUAUUAAUGGUUCGCCAUCAAAGCAUAUAAUAAAUAAAAAUAAAUUUAUAAUUCCAUCACUACUAAUACUACACAUAUACUAAUUACAGCAAUAACGCUUAUUCUCUCUCCCCCUCUGUCUAUCCCUCUCUCUCUCUCUCUCUGAGCGUUUUCCCGGUUUCUUCCUCAGCCGUUGAUCGUCAGGGCCCAGGGUCCACUUUUCUACUUUUUUGUCUUCAUUUCGCUUGGUCGUCGGCGUCCCUACUUAUCAGACUAUCUAUACAGAGUUACUAUAACCUAUAUCUAAUUAAUAUCAGAUAAUAUAUAAUUGUUUUAAACAACCUGUAAAACUCACAGCGGAAUUGUAUUUUGAUUUCAAAUUUAUUUUUAUCAUAAUAAGACAUGGUUAGAUUAUUGAUAAAGUAAUUGAAAUAUAAAACUGAGUUUUUUUUUAAGAUUUUUUAAAUUAAAUUUAGAAAAUAGUAUAGAAUAUAGUAAGUUUAGAAUAUAGUAAUAGUAUACGGGUAUACUAAACGAAAUUGUAUUCACCGAUUUGAUUUUAGCUGUAAUUUUAAGCUUAAUUAAAAUAUAAUGUGAAAAAAAUAUUGACUUUUACAAGUAAAAUCAGUGUCGAUAUAUACAUAGAGACAGAUAUUGGGAGAUAACGUAUAGUAAACAACACAUUGACCUACCUAAAUUUAUUACAAACUCACCCCUAUUUCCUUGUCAUAAAGAUCUUUGCAGUGUAACUUGAUAUGCGACCGAGUGUACGUAUCGACCUCUGACCGUUCAAAGUACGGCAGAUAUAUAAUUAACACCACACCUAAUUGUUAUAACGUUAACGUUAUUUUCAUCAACUAUGUACUUGAAUCAAUAAUUAAAAUUACUUAUAUUUAAACACAGUUAGACGUUGUUAAUAUAAAUAUUGGUGCAUUUUUUAAAAUGAAAAUCACACAAGAUUUUUAAAGCGUCGUGAACAUGGAAAUUCCGGUCCCGGCUUCGCUCGGGUAAAAUCGAAACAAAUAAAACCUCAGGGAUUUCAUUUAUGAAUAAAUAAAUUUAGAAAAUAUUUUUACAGUGCAUGCGCUAAUAAUGCGUCAUCUUUAGAAAAUAAUGAAAAUAUAGAACUGAUAUUUCUUAGACUUGUACAAGUUUUUUUCCUAUUCCUCACAAUCGAGGUAUUCCCAUAAUUCCCAGGGAAUCAGCUAGGUAUUCCUCUGGCCCCAUUGCUUCGUUGUGAUGACGCAAGCCGCAUAGGUAUAUUGCAUAGAUUUUGAUAUUGACAUACGUCGAAAAUCAAUAGAAUUUUUUUUCAGUUCAAACAUUUUGUUGUUCGUUUAUGUUUUUCUUUUUUUUUUUUAAUUGUAGGAGGAUAUGAUAUUAAAAUAUUGUCGUGUAUACAAAUUCUGCUUUAUCAAUCCGUCGACGGACGUCAACGCAUCUUUGGUUAUGUCCAAUUAGGUAUCUCCACGCUCUAGUUGAACAGAAUCAGAGUUGGGCAAAUGUACUAUCACAUCCAAACCAAGCAGUACUAACUGAGUUUUGGCUAGAGAAACCAAAGGCCGCUUGUGUUACAAGAACGAAUAUAGACACCAAGCGGUACGUUUUUUUUUUUUUAAUUACAGUCAUAGAAACUAUGAAACUUGUUUUGAAAUUUCGCCGCAAGCCACAAACUAAAAUAAAUAAAUAAAUAUAUCAGGACAAAUCACACAGAUUGAGCUAGCCCCAAAGUAAGUUCGAGACUUGUGUUAUGGGAUACUAACACAACGGUACUGUAGUGUAUGUGAACCUACAUACACUGUCUCGUGUGUCUAGUAGAUAAUGUCACUACAUCAGUGUCACGAGAGCCGUAGGCGAGUGUGGAUGUAGGAGACAGUUAUCACUAGGACAUUGCCGAGCCAGUGACGAUACAGACGAGAAAUUAGUAGGAGUUACAUGUGGCGACGAGGAAAAAGAAUAUCCCAAACAAUUUGAAAACCAUGGCUAAUACACUACCGCCAUUGGAAGCGAUAGACGUUGAGGGAGAUACUGUUUCUGUUGGAGGUAGAUGGGAAAAAUGGAAGCGAGCACUGCUGAUAUAUCUUGAUGCCGCCGAAAUUACAACACCUCAAAAGAAAAGAGCGACAUUAUUACAUUUUGGAGGAAUUGGUCUCCAGGAAAUUUAUUAUAAUUUACCCGGUGCUCAUGUUGAAGUGCAGGACGGAGUUGAUGUCUUUCAGGCGGCAUUAGAGAAACUGGAUGAAUUCUUUCUUCCUAAACAAAACCGUGUGUAUGAACGCCAUAUGUUCAGACUCCUUAAACAAGACGAUGGUGAAAAAUUCGAACGGUUUUUAGUUAGGCUUAGGAAACAGGCGGAUAAAUGUAAUUUUGACAAAAAAGAUGAUCACCUCAUUGACCAGAUCACAGAGAAAUGUGCCUCUUCUGAGCUACGUAAGAAAAUUUUAACCAUCGGUGACAGCAUUACUCUGGAAAAAAUUAUACGUGAAGCUAAUACAUUGGAAAUAGUAAACAAUCAGUUGGAAAACUAUGGGAGCAAAAAGGAAGGAGAUAAGGAAAUAAAUGCUAUACUGUAUAAAAACAAAAAAGAAGAGAGUUUACAGGAAAAACAAACGAGUUUCAAGAGGAAAAGCUGUGGUAGGUGUGGCAGUACUCGUCAUCAAUCAGAGGAUGAUUCAUGUCCAGCAAAAGGGAAAAAAUGCCAUCAUUGUGGGAGAAUUGGACACUUCCGACAGUAUUGUAAAACACCAAAAGGAUAUGUGAAAAGGAAAAACGAGGAACAAGGAACCUCAAAAGAUAAUAAAGGACAAGCUCGAAAUAUAAGAGAUAAUAAGAAAAGGAAAAUAGAAGUAGACUAUGUUUUUAAUGUUGAAGAUGAUGCAACAGUGGACUGCUCGAUUGGUGGUAUAAAAAUUAACAUGUUAGUAGAUUCUGGCUGCAAAGUUAAUCUGAUUACAAAAGAAAGCUGGGAAAAUUUGAAAAGUCAAGGAGCGAAAGUUGGAAAUCAAGUCCCUAACCCUAACAAAAUCUUAUUUGCUUACGGAAGUGAUAUUCCACUUAAUAUCACAGGAUCGUUUGAAACUGAAAUUGCCAUAAAUAAUCGGAAAGAAGAAGCUACAGUUUAUGUUAUUUCUGGCGGUACUAGAGAUCUUUUAGGAAAGGACACAGCUAAAAAGUUAGGCGUUCUUAGAAUUGGCGUUGAAGUAAAUAUUAUUGACAACGAUAAAAUAUUGCCAUUUGCCAAAAUUAAAGAUGUGCUCAUUGAAAUCCCCAUUGAUGAUACAAUUAAGCCCGUAUCGCAACCAUAUAGACGGAUACCAAUUCCUUUAGAAGAGAAAGUGGAAAAGAAAAUUCAAGAAUUACUUACGCGAGAUAUAAUCGAAGAAGUCCAAGGACCUUCAAAAUGGAUAUCUCCAAUGGUUCCUAUACUUAAAGGAAGUGGUGAUAUAAGAUUAUGUGUAGAUAUGCGACGUGCUAAUGCAGCUAUAAUGCGAGAAAAUCAUCCUUUGCCAUGCAUGGAUCAUUUCCUGCCUAAGGUUGGUAAAGCUAGAUACUUUAGCAAAUUAGACAUAAAGGAUGCAUUCCAUCAAUUGGAACUUCACCCAGAUAGUAGGUACAUAACCACCUUCAUCACAUCUAAAGGAUUAUAUCGAUAUAAAAGACUGAUGUUUGGUAUUAGCUGUGCUCCAGAAAUUUUUCAGAAAACCUUGGAAAACCUUUUGAUGAAGUGUGAUGGCGUCAUAAAUUUCAUCGAUGACAUAUUGGUUUUUGGUGAUAACGAAGCUCAACAUGAUAUGAGACUGAGGAAAGUAUUGGACACACUUAGGAAUAGUGGGGUGUUGUUGAAUGAUGAGAAGUGUAUAUACAAAGUACAAACCGUAAACUUUUUAGGACACGAAUUGACCCCCGAUGGAGUGCGACCCUUGUCCAAAUACAUAGACAGUAUAACUAACUUCAGAGUUCCAGCCACUAUUGAGGAACUACAGAGUUUUCUUGGUUUGACAAAUUAUGUUAAUAAAUGGAUACCUAAUUUUGCAACUAAAACUGAGCCAUUAAAAGAGAUUUUGAGGAAAAAACUAGGGAAAACUUCUGACAUCAGUCCCUAUUGGUUGAGUGCACAAGAUAAAGCUUUUAAAGAUCUUAGAGCAGCCCUAUCUCACAUAAAAUCUCUAGGAUACUACGAUGUUCGAGACCGAACACAGGUCAUCGCUGACGCUAGUCCAGUAGGGCUAGGAGCUGUGUUAGUCCAGGUCGACUCGAAAGGUCCAAGAAUAAUUGCAUAUGGUAAUAGAACGCUUACUGAUUGUGAACGGAAAUACAGCCAAACUGAAAAAGAAGCUUUGGCACUUGUUUGGUCCGUAGAACACUUUAACAUCUUUCUUUUCGGGAAACAGUUCGAUCUUGUUACGGAUCAUAAACCUUUGGAGAUAUUGUUUGCGCCAAAAUCUAAACCCUGUGCAAGGAUUGAACGAUGGGUACUGAGAUUACAGUCCUAUAAAUUCACUGUGAUCUAUAAACCAGGGAAGAUGAAUAUAGCGGAUCCUCUAUCACGUCUAUGUGUUUUGGGCUCUACAGGCAAAUCUGGAGGUGAUGAAUAUGUACAUCAGAUAGUUGAACUGGCUAGGCCUAAAGCUAUUUCGUUGAAAGAUAUAACUCAGGCUUCUUUAAAUGACAAGGAAAUAAUUGGCGUGAAGAAGGCAAUAUACGCACAAGAGUGGGUUGAGUCUGUGAAAAACUAUAAAAUUUUUGAAAAUGUACUAUGUUUUUAUGGCGAUAUACUGCUCAAAGGACAUCGAAUUGUAAUACCUCAGAUAUUGCGGAAGAACGUUCUUGAUGCGGCACAUGAAGGACAUCCAGGAGUGGUUGCAAUGAAAGGUCGACUGAGAUCAAAAGUGUGGUGGCCGAGAAUCGACAAGGACGCAGAAAAUUUAGUGAAAUCGUGUAAAAGUUGCACGUUAGUUGGGAUUCCUAAUCCCCCCGUUCCUAUGAAGCGACGCGAGCUUCCUGUAGCUCCUUGGAUUGACGUGGCAAUGGAUCUGUUGGGCCCUCUGCCCAAUCAUGAAUACUUACUGGUACUUGUGGACUAUUAUAGCCGUUAUAAAGAAGUUAAGAUUACUAAAUCUAUCACUAGCUUACAGAUUAUCACGCUGCUUAAAGAAAUUUUCAGUAGACUUGGAUAUCCAGUUUCAAUUACAGUAGAUAAUGGUAAACAGUUUGUCAGCAAUGAAUUCCGAACAUACUGCAAGGAAUGUAAUAUCACAUUAUUCAAUACGGUUCCAUAUUGGCCUCAACAAAACGGGGAAGUUGAAAGGCAGAAUCGGGACAUUUUGAAACGGCUCAAGAUUAGCGUUAUAGAAAAGAAAAAUUUACAAGAAAGUCUGUGGGAGUAUCUCACAAUGUACAAUAGUACACCACAUUCCACAACCGGAAAGACUCCAUCGGAACUAUUUUUCAGACGUCAAAAUAAAGAUAAAAUUCCUUCUUUACAUGGUUUAGAUAGCCUUGAUAUUGAUACGGAUGUUAGAGAGCGGGACAAAAUUCAAAAGGAGAAAGGAAAGGAAUAUGGAGAUAAGAAGAGGAGAGCUACGGAAUCAAAUCUGAAUGAUGGUGACAAGGUUUAUAUUAAGAAUAUGGAAAAGACAAACAAACUCAGCUCGGAUUACGACCCUACACCCUAUACAGUUGAGUCUGCCAAGCACGGAGAUGUCACUGUCAGGAAUGACGAGACUGGAAAGGAAUUGAGAAGAAAUGUGGUCCACCUUAAAAGAGUAGAAGGUAAAUGGACCACAGUUCCAGACAAAAACCUUGACAGUUCAGGAAGUGAUGAUUUGUCCAUUGAUUAGAUAGGUUCAGUAGGUAUAAUGCUCAAGAGCGAUUCUGAUUAUAAUAGUGUCAGUCAUAAAUUAGUACCAUUUCUAGAACGAGUUCAAAAAGCAAUAUAAAUUCUUUAAAUACA